AUGAAAUUAACAUUUUGGAAGUCUCAAAAGAAGCCGGCAAGAAAACAAAUCACAAUUGAUCAUACAACUCACGAAGAGUUCAGCAGUCAAAAUGUCAACGAUUAUCGUGAAGAGCCAAAUGCUGUUAAAGUUGAAGACGAAAUUAACAAAGAAGAACUUUACUCUGACAUUGAAACUGUUAAUUUGAAUAAGAAGGAUCAAGUUAGAGGUUCGAUGGUCGAUGAUGCAGUCAUCUAUGCUGAGAUUUAUAAGGAAAUCUGCAAAGCUCCAAAUAGUCUUAAAAGGAAUCCAAAUAAAUCUUUAAAGUCUUUUCGCUCGAUGGAACUGCCAGAAAAGAAAUAUCACGAGAAUGACGAAUGCUAUGACGAAAUAUCUGUAGCUGUUUGUCAAGAAGAAUAUGCUAAAGUAUUAAAUUCUGAAGGGUGUGAAGCUAUUCCUAUUGAAGAUGAGGAACUUUACUCGGAAGUUGGUUGCUCUAAAGAAACAAAGGAAUAUCCAGAAACAACAGAAGAUCCACAAAUAAGAGAUAAAGAAUCGUGUGAUAAAGAAGCAAUGUACACAGAAGUGAUUAAGAGAUCAUCAGAAUAUUUUGAUAGUAAGCAGUCAAAAUGCAUCGCAUUUAAAUCAGUUUUGUUUGACUUGAACUCUACUGAUUUUGAUUUUGACAUUGAUUCAACUGAUCAAAUUGGAAAUAACGAAUGCUGCGAUAGUGUUUUAGAGGAUAGAAAUACUCUUGCUGACGACAACAUAACAACACCGCUUUCUAGAAAACUAGAUAUAAACCAUACAGAAUUUGCGUUCAUCUUACCUACAUUUGAUACUGUCCGGAAGGCUUCGCAAGGAUUUUACAACCUACUUAAGUCAACCAGUGAUUUAGAUAAUGUUAAAUUCUCAAAUAAAUUAAAUCUCGAUAAAAAAAAUGAUGAUGAAAUACAAAAGUUUCGUGACGAGAUGCAACAGCUCAAGAUCUACUUUGAUGAAAAAUUGAAAAACGUCACCGUAAAUGCUCUCAAAGAUGUCACAACCAUGUCAGCUCCAACUGUUAAUUCGAAUAGAAUCUCAAACACUGACUCACAAAUUUACAUGCUAGUCAUUUGUGUUUUAAUGAUUUUUUUAAUUUUCUCAGUUGUUGUUGGACUCUCAAUCUAUAACAGACAAUCAUCAGCAAGAAUCAGCACUUAUGGUGUCAAGAGGAGCCUUCCUAAACUUCCAUUAGCUUAUGAGGCACCAGACUAUGAAUACAUCGAAUACAAUACAGAUAAAGCUUCUUCAAAUAUUAAUUUUGGAUCAACAUUUCUGGUACAGCCAACCGCACCACCAGCAUAUCAAUUUGGUGGAAAUAACAGUUAUUCUGAAUCAGAUUUCAAGACUCAAGUCUCAUCAAUUUAUAAAGAUGUUAUCGAUACUAAAAAACUCUCAGAUGACGAUAAUGAUUUUUAUGCACAAAUUGUUUGUAAUAAAGAAGAUGGAGACGAUAGUAAGGAUGUAGGAAGUUCGGAUUUAUAUGCUAAAGUGUGA